CUUAGAGGUGAAGCCCCGCCCCUGCGUCCUCACAGCGAUCCCAUAAUUCAGUGCGUUCUGCUGCUCUUUCAAGGGGAUCCUUUGCUAAGGACGCGUUAAAUUGUAGACCUGCCACUGAGUUUUGGUCAAACAUGGCUGAGGUUAUUGAAGAAAAGAUUAAGGGUUACAAAACCGCUCCGUUCGAUGCCCGUUUUCCAAACACCAACCAAACACGAAACUGCUUCCAGAACUACGUUGACUUCCAUAGGUGUAACAAGGCCCUGUCAGCAAAAGGACAGGAAACCUCUCCCUGUGAAUGGUAUCAGAGGGUCUACAAGAGCCUGUGCCCCAUCAGCUGGGUUGAGAAGUGGGAUGGACAGAUUCAGGAUGGAAGCUUCCCUGGAAAGAUAUGAACCGUCUCUGCUUGCCUUUUUUUUUUUUUUAGAUUUACCUCAUUUAUAAACAUUAACUUUGUAUAGCCUGAGUGAAAUGACAGGUGACCUAGUGACAUCUUAUGACCUUUGACUCGCACCUUUCAAUGGUUCAUACUGUUCAGUUUUGUCACUAUGUCCUAUUCAAGCUGGUUACAAAUUAAAGUCGCACAAUGUUGA